UCAUGUUUACAUUUGUAGGUUACGUCUCCUCCGUGCCUCGAGCCAAGAACACAACAACACCACUCGACAACAACAACAACGACGACAGAACACAACGCUGCUCGGUUGUUGGGACUCACCGGAACAAGAGGACACACUUUUCUCUAACGAAUCCAGAGGUAGACGAGGUGGAGAUGCGGCUCACUGGUUUGUCUGCUGAGGAGUGUGACAGCGUCUUGAAGGGCUCUUGAAACAAAGCUUUGUGCAUCAAGGACGUGUGGAGGUGGCCAUACGGGGGGGCAGCAUCUUCCAACACCUUUGUCCUCACAGAUGUAGGCGUAACACUGCAGGAUGGGUCUACCUGUGGACAGCCCAGACAAAAAUGAAGAUGCACAUAAAUCUGAGCAGCAGGGAGAAGGAGAGGGCGGCGAAAGCCAAACUGAAGCCUGCACCAGCACCCCGCCGCCCAUCAACAACAAGAAGAAGAGGAAAGGCAAAAAGAGAUGACUGUGGAUCAACCUCACCAACUGCAAAUAUGAAAGUGUGCGGCGUGCUGCUCGCAGAUAUGGUCUCAGAGAGGCAUUUGAGGGCGACGACUGGACGCUGUUCUGGACCGACUGCUCUGUGUCUUUAGACCGUGUUAAGGACAUGAAGCGUUACCAGAAAAUAAACCAUUUCCCAGGGAUGAGUGAGAUCUGCCGCAAAGACUUGCUGGCAAGAAACAUGAACCGUAUGUUGAAGCUUUUCCCCAAAGACUACAACAUCUUCCCCAGAACGUGGUGCCUUCCUGCAGAUUACAGUGACUUCCAAGCUUACACCAGGGCCAAAAAAAGCAAGACGUACAUAUGUAAGCCAGACACUGGUUGCCAAGGCAAAGGCAUUAUCAUCACCAAGUCAAGUAAAGACAUUCAACCUGGAGAACAUAUGAUCUGCCAGGUUUACGUCUCCAAGCCUUUUAUAAUCGACGGUUACAAGUUUGACUUGAGAAUCUACGUGUUGGUGACGUCAUGUGACCCAUUCAGUAUAUUCAUGUUCAAGGAGGGACUGGCUCGCUUCUGCACCACAAAGUACAGCGAACCAACACACGGCAACAUGGAUGAUGUGUGCAUGCAUCUCACCAAUUACUCCAUCAACAAGAACAGUGAGAACUUUGUCCGUGAUGAGGACACAGGCAGCAAACGAAAGCUGUCCACCCUCAACAAGCUCCUGGAGUCCAUCAGCUGCAACACAGACAAGAUGUGGAAUGACAUUGAGGACGUCAUCAUAAAGACUCUGAUCUCUGCUCAUCCAAUCCUCAAGCAUAACUACCACACGUGCUUCCCCAACCACACCACAGGCAGCGCCUGCUUCGAGAUCCUGGGCUUCGAUGUACUGCUGGAUCACCGGCUCAGACCCUGGGUGCUGGAGGUGAAUCACUCCCCAAGUUUUACCACCGACUCGCAGCUGGACCGCGAGGUGAAGGACGCGCUGCUGUAUGACACUCUGGUUCUCAUCAACUUGGGCGCCUGCGACCGCCGCAAGAUCACCAAAGAGGAGAGACGCAGGGUGAAGGAGAGGCUGCAGCAGAACAGCACCAGAGAAGCCAGGUCAGAGGAGCUGCGUCAGUGCCAGGCAGCCACAGUGGAGCAGAUGGAGAGGUACGAGGCCAAACACCUGGGAGGCUUCAAGAGGAUCUACCCCAGAGAGGGAGGGGAGAAAUACGACAAGUACUUCAAACACAGCAGCUCGCUCUUUCAGGAGACGGCAGCAUCCAAGGCCAGAGAGGAGUGUGCCAGGCAACAACUGCAGGAGCUGCGUCUGAAGCAGGAGCAGAAAGAGAGAGACCUGAAGGGAGGCCGGAGGAGAGACCUGCAGGGGGAGACGGCAGGGGAGAGGGUCAAACCCCGACGAGGACCAGCACAACCCCCCAACUCAAACCCUGACUGUGACCUGCAGCCGCCGUGUCUGUCCAGUGUGUCGGCGGAUCCUGUAGCCGCCGAAGUCCGAGUGGAGAAGCAGGAGGAGCAGCCGGAGCAGGAGACAGAGGAGAGGAAGGAAGAGGAGGAGGAGGAGACACACAUGGAGGAGCAGGAGCGGGUCAACGCGCUGCUGCAGAGAAAGAAGCUACUGCAGGAGCUAGGAGUGGUGGACAAGAUCCACCAGCUGCUGCAGGGCCGAGCAGACGGAGGGGGAGUCCUGCAGGAGGCCAAGGAAGCCUGCACCCAGCAGCAGAGUCAUCAGCCUCAUCACAGACAACAGCAGGUGAAGCUGGAGUCUUUGACACAGUUUCCCCAGUGGACGAAGCAGCAGCAGCAGCAGCAGCAGCAAUGCACUCAGAUGUCACGGCAGCACAUCCACUCCCACACGACUCAGCAGCGCCUGCUCAGGCCCACCAUGGACCAGAGGAGCCUGAACAAGUCGGAGCCAGUGAGCCACAGCAGAGCAGCAGACAUACGCAGGACCAUCAGCGCCCAGCGGAUACACUGGCCAGUCGGAGGCUCUCUGACUCUCAGGCAGGACACCCGGAGCAGCUCCUACACGGACACCCGUCCCCGUCCCAGCAUCCCCAUCAUCCACUACGUCCCAAAAGGGGGCCCGCGCUGCGCCUACGCGUCCCAUGACCCCGCAGCCCUGCAGAGCCUGCUCGUCGUCGCCACUUGCCCGCCCCAGGUCAGGAGGCCUGGCUUCUCUCACGUCGUCCGCAACUCCUCCCGCAGAGCCCCCCAGCAGCACGGUAAAGGCCAGUGAGGAGCGGGACCACCACGCAGGAUUAAAACCACAGUAGACACACACACGGGACCUGAGGAGACCUGGAGGUAGAGAGGCUUUAAAACUGUGAAAAUACAAAAACACACUGUGCCUUCGAUGAGCAUCUCAUGGUUGUACAUAGAUUUUAUAUCUGGACUCCUGCAGUUUACUCUGCUUGCCACUAUAUAACCUCCAGCACUGCAACAUUAUGGCUUUUUAACUUUUUCUACCCACUGUGUGUGCUCACAUAUGUGUUACAUUCUGCUCUGGGGAUGAAUCAUCUCAAACAAACCUCACCUACAGUGCCAAAAUAAAAGCAGACGAGCCUGGUUUAACACCAUACAGCAUGUGUGAUACAGAUAUAAUAAUAAUAAUAAUAAUAAUAAUAAUAGUCUUUAUUGUCCACAAAUGUGGGAAUUUGCUUUCAGCCUCACAGGUUGGUCCAAACACUUUAUAAUAAAUCACAAUACGUGCAAUAAAACACACAAUAUGCACAGUACAGACAGCAGGAAGGGGUAAGGCUCCAGUGUGAACUGUGUUUAUGGUGUUGGCAAAGUU